CAGGAGAGGGAGGGGUGGAGUAGUGAGUGCAUCUCGGCGUUGGCGGGGGCGGCUUGCGAAGGUGUCAUGGCCGCUGCUACCGAGCUUAGUUACGCGAGCAUCGGUGACAGGGACCUGGAACGCAGCUGCAGCCCCAGCCUCUCCCGAGAGGUGCUCUGCGAACUCUUUCGCUCUCUGCACAACCUGGCUGGACAGCUUAACCUAAGAGAUGAUGUGGUGAAAAUUACAAUCGAUUGGAACAAGCUCCAGAACCUCUCGGCAUUCCAGCCUGCAUUGCUCUUUAGUGCACUUGAGCAACACGUUUUACAUUUGCAGCCUUUUUUAGCAAAACUUCAGCCUCUGAUUAAAGAGGAGAAUGCCAUGGCUGCUGAAGAGAUGGGAAAAACAGAAAUGGGGAACAAGAGUGAAGUGAAUGCCAAAAAUCCCGUUGGCGACCUGCAAGAGGAAGAGAAGCACAAAGAUGGUGACUUAGGAGAUGUGAAAAAGACACAGAUCCAUUUUGAUCCAGAAGUCGUUCAAAUAAAGGCUGGAAAAGCAGAAAUUGACAGACGAAUAUCUGCAUUUAUUGAAAGGAAGCAAGCUGAAAUCAAUGAAAACAACGUCAGAGAAUUUUGCAAUGUUAUUGAUUGUAAUCAAGAAAAUAGUUGUGCCAGAACUGAUGCUGUUUUCACCCCUUACCCUGGAUUUAAAAGUCACGUAAAGGUUUCUAGAGUUGUGAAUACGUAUGGACCACAGACUAGACCUGAAGGAAUUCAAGGGUCGGGUCACAAACCUAACAGCAUGCUUCGAGAUUGUGGUAAUCAGGCUGUAGAGGAACGACUACAGAAUAUUGAGGCUCACUUGCGACUGCAGACAGGUGGUCCAGUGCCAAGAGACAUUUAUCAGAGGAUUAAAAAACUUGAGGAUAAAAUACUUGAAUUGGAAGGCAUCUCUCCUGAAUACUUUCAGUCUAUAAACUUUUCUGGAAAAAGAAGAAAAGUUCAACCCCCUCAGCAGAACUAUUCACUGGCUGAACUUGAUGAGAAAAUUAGUGCCCUCAGACAAGUCUUGCUUAGAAAAUCAAGAGAAGCAGAAUCCAUGGCAACUCACCACCUUCCGUGAAAAACUCCUCUCCUUGUCAUUUUACUUUUUUAUAGACAUGUAACUUACACUGUAAUUAAUGAAACAGAUACAUAUUUAUCAAAGUAGACUUCUGUAAAGUCAAGAUUUAUUUUCACAUGAGUCCAGCUUGCAGUAGGUAAUCUUAAAGUAUUCCAGUGAAUUUUGAUAAUAGCAUUGUUGGAAUUUAUUCCCUUCUGUUUUAAAGGAGGUAUUUUGAAAUUACAGAACUUAAUUUUAAAGGACUUUGUUAAUGUUCAUGUUAACCAGUUAUUAGUUUAACUCAGUACUUUGCACAUAGUGGACAUUCAACAAGUUUAUUGACUGAAGUGAAUUUUAAAGGCACGCAUGAAAUUUUCUUAA